AUGGCUCUCCUACCUCAGCAGAGCGUCCGAGUAUCUAUCCCAGAACCGCUCCCACCCAUCAUCACUCCUAAAUUGUAUCUUCGACCUCUGGCCGACUCUGAUGCAGAGGGCUUAUUCGCGAUCCGGUCAAGACCUGAAGUUGCCAGAACAAACUACCCCAAAACACCUCAUCGAACGGUCCAAGAAACACGAGAAUGGAUGGCCACCAAGAUCUUCAAGGAGGGCCCUGAGAGUGUCCUCGGUCGUCGUUUUACUUACGUGCUCAUUGAACGUGAACAAUGGGAGGAUGAGUCUCAACCACCACCCGCCGACAAACAGGUGAUUGGUUACAUGGGUAUCAAUCAAAUAUAUCCCAGCCCUGAGAUUGGAUAUUCUAUUCAUCCUGAUUACUGGGGCAAGGGGUAUGCGACAGAAGCUUUGGACGGACUCUUAAAGGCCUGGUGGAAGUUACCUCGUCAGCCUCAGUUGAAUUCAACAGAAGACGGGAGCGAACCGACCGAAAAAGUCUUUGCCUUUUGCGACAAGAUUAACGCAGGCUCGAGCAAGGUAUUGAGCAAAUGCGGAUUCAGGGUGAUUAAGCAGGUGGAAUAUGAUACGGAUGAAUUGUGGCUGUGGGAGUUAGAAAGACCAGUACUUGGGCACACAUGUCCAUGA